CACAUAUGUGCCGAAGAGACUCCCAAAACAAUUCUACAUUAUCCGGAACUUCACCAAUCACCAUCCUACAAUUCGAGCACUCCCCGCCACAACCGCACUUCCCAACUACCAAGUUCUAACCGCCAUCAACUGAAAUUCUGCGCAAAGAAAAAGAAAUCUUGAAACUCCAUCUACACCCGGUUGUCUCUCUCAAUUAUAUUCUAAUCCAUGGCGAUUUCAUUACCAGUGAACUUCAGUUGCAACACUCCAGUAAACCAGAGCCCCCAAUCUUCUUCAUCAUACUCAACGACAUUAGUUUCGUUUCCUUUCAUACCUUCCCUUCAAACUCUCUCAAAAUAUCACAUUUGCUUCGCGUUAUCUUCCUCUAAAAUAGAAGGCAGUGGUGGCUUCGAGCAGAGAGAGGAGGCACGGUGGCUCCGGGAGGAGCAGCGGUGGCUCAGGGAGGAGCAGCGGUGGCUUCGAGAAGAGAUCCGGUGGAAUGCAGAGCGAGAAGCUCUCUUGAGAGAAGUUCAGAUCCUGCAGCAUCAAAUUCAGGAGCUCAAAAGUUGGAGUUCAUUGCCGGAAGCUUCGGUCUCCAGCAUGACACCUCAUGACGUCCAGUUGUUGGAAGAAGUGAAUGAUGAGGGGUCGGCAACCAAUUUAAAUACCGCCGAAGCAAUGCCGUUGGUCACAGAGGCAGCAAAGGAAAACGAGGAAGUUGUUGUAAAGGAAACUGUUAAAGACGUGGAGGAAGAGGCCAUAGAAGCGAAGAGGGAAAUUUUGAGGAAGGGAUCUGAAGGAGAUGAUGUUCGUCUCAUGCAGGAGGCACUGCUAAAGCUGGGAUUUUACUGUGGUGAGGAGGAAAUGGAGUACUCUACGUUUUCUACUGGAACAGAGCAUGCUGUAAAAACGUGGCAGGCCUCAUUUGGAGCCCCAGAAGAUGGCAUUAUGACUUCAGAACUUCUUGAGAGGCUAUUCGUGCAACAAAAAAUUGUGAACUCUAACUUGAGAUUGAAAGGUAAUCCAGAGCAACAUGUUCUGGAAUCUUCAAAGGUGUGUGCAAAUGGAGCACCAAUUGCUUCUAUAAUGGGAAUAUCAGAAUUUGAGCAAAAAGUCAUCAAAGGGGACAUGGAAACUGAUGUGACCCAGCGUAGAGUGUUCCUACUUGGAGAGAACCGGUGGGAAGAACCAUCCAGCUGGCUUAAGGGAAACACACAAUCAGCUGCAACCAAGAGUUCAAGUGACAUGACAACAAGAAAGUGUCUCACUUGCCACGGUGAUGGCCACUUAAUAUGCAUGGACUGUUAUGGAACUGGCGAGCCAAAUAUUGAGCCUCAGUUUAUGGAAUGGGUGGGCGAAGGAGCAAAGUGUCCAUAUUGUGAAGGUUUUGGAUUUGUAACUUGUGAUGUAUGUGAAGGUAAAAAGGUAGUCAAUGCAUGAUAUAUGUACUCUUCUGUACAUGCAUCCUUGCAUCCCAUCUUUUAUUCUCCAUUUUCUGUCCUGUCGCAAUAUGUUUUUAUUGUAGUGAGCAGAUAGACGGGCAGCUAAGUGAAUAUAUGUAUGUGCAUUCUCGUUUUCAUUUACAUAGACAAUAAAAGAGUACACUACAUGGUUGCACUUGAAUGUUUGCCUCAUUUUCACAUUUUUACUACAUGGUACUAGACUACUAGUAAACUUUUCAUGUUGCAGAUCUUGAUCACUGAACUAGCAAAGGCAAGAAACUUUAUUUUUCUUCUAAUAAUCGGCUUUAUCAUGUGAUUCAUGUCAUAAAUCUGACAAACAGGGGGAACUAAUAGCUCCGCUAGACCUUA